AUGGGUUGGUUUUCAUCCUCAAAGCCCCAACAACCUGACGCUGCAUCGCGGAGCGACAGACAAAAGUGCUGGGACAGUCGCGACGCCUACUUCAAAUGCUUAGACGCGGCCGGUAUUCUGACUCCUGGAGAGGAGACCGGUGCUCGAUGUAAGGCGGAAAACGAGGUGUACGAGCAGAACUGCGCGAAGAGCUGGAUUGAUUAUUUCAAUAAAAGGCGCGUGUUGGCCGAGCAGCAAAAAAGUGUCCUGAUCCAGGCCGACAAUCAACGACACUCUGCGCGGAAGUAGCUGCGGAUGGUCGAAUGGAGCUUUGACGCUGAUAUCACGCCCCGUAGCCGCCCCCGCUUUCUGGGAGAAAUAGUACGCUUUGCGCUUGCUCGACGUGAAGCUGUCACACUGCCUAAUGCUGGCUGUUGGCUUAUACGGCACAUCCCUACACGGUUCGACACUGUAUGCCGUUAAUGUAUGAUAAAUCCCGCUAAUACACACAU